ACUCAUUGCUUUGGUUCCUCCUAGUGUGGGUGUUUUGUAAAUAUGACUGGCCACAAUAAACCCAUGAACAAGUCUACCUGGGUGUUUUGAGUUAUUUACAGAUUCUGAAAGUACAGAUUCUAAUGAUUCGAAUAAAAGAAAACACAUGGAAAUCAAAAAAGUACUAAUCACAUUGUAGGACUAUUUGUAAUUUAGAAGCAUAAUGAAAGAAAAAUAGACUUGAGUUGUUCUGGCAAAAACAGUAGGUAGUCAAGAUGCUCUGGUCACCGCCUCUUCACCGUCAUAUCACACCGUGUUUUCGUUUUUUUUAGCUUGUUUUUAUUGAUGUCUUUGCUCAACACACUACUGGAAGCCGUUACAACUUACAGCAGAUUAGAACUGUGGGACAUAGGAACACAGUUUGGACUUCACACACCCACCAAGCUGGACUUUAUUCCUCCAGAGCUGCUACGAACACCUGGGACUAUGAUCAUUCCCCCCCUGCUGCCAAGGCGACGGAGGAGGCAGCGCAAACAAAAGAGGGGUAAGAGAGCCGGCGUGCGUGCUAGGCUACAAGCUAGCCCUCAUAAACCGGCCCUCCCCAGCCUCUUCCUCGCCAAUGCCAGGUCCCUCGGCAACAAAAUCGACGAGAUGCGACUCCGGAUUACUUCUCGCCGGAUGGACAGCUGUGUGACUGUUGUCACAGAGACCUGGCUGGAGGACAACAUCCCGGACGCAGCGGUGGAGAUAACGGGGCGCGCUCUGUUCCGGGCGGAUCGGACUGCAGCUUCGGGUAAGGGCAGAGGCGGAGGUUUGGCAUUGUAUGUACACAAUGCCUGGUGUACAGCCACACACUCUGUCGGCACAUUCUGCUCUCCUGACUUGGAAUAUCUGGCGGUGAAAUGCAGACCCUUCAAGUUGGUGAGAGAACUCUCGUCCAUUGUGAUCGUGGCCGUCUACAUACCACCGAGGGCUAAUGCUAAGCUAGCAUUAGAGGAGCUGUACUGCCUGAUCAGCGAGCAGAUAAACUCCAACCCGGAGGCGGCCGUGAUUGUGGCGGGGGACUUCAAUCACGUGGAACUGAAGGCUGUGUUUCCCAAAUUCCACAAAUCCAUAAACUUUCCCACCAGAGACAAUAACAUUUUGGAUCAGGUCUACUGCAAUAUCCCCGGAGCCUACAAGGCUGUAGCAGCUCCACAUCUGGGCAUGUCUGACCACAUCUCAGUGGAGCUGAUUCCUGUCUACAAGCCUCUGGCCUGCAGAACUAAGCCGACCACCAGAAUAGUUCAGGUCUGGACUGAGGAGGCCUCCUCUGCACUUCAGGACUGCUUUGAGCAUACAGACUGGAGUGUGUUCAGGGACGGCGCAGACUUGGAGGAAUACUCAUCGUCCGUUCUGUCCUAUGUUCAGUUCUGCACCGACGCUGUCCUCCCUGUUAAGACCAUAAAAGUGUUUCCAAACCAGAAACCAUGGCUGGACAGCACAGUACGGGCCCUGCUGAAAGCCCGGGAUGCUGCCUACAGGUCUGGAGACAGGUUGGCUUAUAGCAGGGCCCGGUCGGAACUGAAAAAAGGUAUUAAGCAGGCCAAGCUCCAGUACAAACAGCAGAUUGAGGAACAUUUCAUCAACAACAACCCCCGAAGCAUGUGGAGAGGCAUAAGAACCAUGACGGACUACAAACACAGCACUCAGCUGACCAGCCGCGACCCCACCCUGCCUGACACCUUAAACAGUUUCUUUGCCCGCUUUGAUCAAUGACAAUAAAUGCUAUCUAAUCUAAUAAAACAAUUUCAAAUUUAACUUCAUCCUCUUUGUUCCUAAAUAAACCCAAGUUAUAAACAACCAAGCAACAUCUGAUUUCAACCUCUUUGGUCAAAAUUAAACAAAGGAAAAAAAACAAGUAAUUUCUGAAGUUGAUUUUCUCUUUGAGUGCAUACUUAAGGAUAAAAAGAAAGGAGAGGGAUAUAUUUUGUGAAACUGUAAUGGUAAAAGCAGAAUCAGCCAGAACCCAAAACGCAGCCACAAGAGGAUGGUUAACCAAAAAGUUUUAUUACAAAAGUAAAUGGUGUAGAAGGGUGUGGUCACACUGGUGGGUCAGGGACGAGGAAUCCACAGGGGUCAGGAGUCCAGCCGGGGGAGGGUACGGUGAAUGGACAAGGGGAGAUCUGUGGGGGUCUCAGGGGACAAACAGACGACAGGGACAAAAUCCACCAACCAGAGGCUGAGUCGUGAAACGGUCCGGGGUCAUGCACGGGAGGGUCUCAGGCAGUGAAAAUCCAGAAUCCAGAA